AUGUCGCCCAGCGGCGAACGCCUCAAGGAUGAGGGCUCCCGCCUGCAGGUUGUAACGGCCGGCGCCACCGCCGGACUGUUUGCACGCUUUGUAAUCGCACCUCUCGAUGUCGUCAAGAUUCGACUUCAGCUGCAGUCGCACUCGCUCUCCGACCCUCUGUCGAUCCAGACCGCCAGGGGCGGGCCCGUGUACAAGGGCACCCUGAAUACAAUGAAGCACAUACUUGCGAACGAAGGCAUUACGGGAUUAUGGAAGGGCAAUGUUCCUGCUGAGCUGAUGUACGUCUGCUAUUCUGCGGUUCAGUUCACGGCCUAUCGUACAACGACACAGGUCCUUCAGAAGACCUUCGACAACCGACUGCCUAAUUCCGCCGAGUCCUUCAUCGCCGGAGCCACCGCCGGAGCUGCGGCCACGACAGCUACAUAUCCCCUCGACCUACUCCGAACGCGUUUCGCGGCGCAAGGGAACGACCGGGUGUACACUAGUCUUCGGCGCGCCGUCGCCGACAUCUACCGAGACGAGGGCCCUCGCGGCUUCUUCCGCGGGCUUGGACCCGGUGUGGCGCAGAUCGUGCCUUACAUGGGCAUCUUUUUCACUUUGUAUGAAGGGCUGCGCCUUCCGCUCGGUGAUCUGCAACUUCCGUGGGGUGGUGGCGACGCCACGGCUGGUGUAAUAGCCAGUGUCUUGUCAAAGACGGCCGUUUUCCCACUAGACUUGGUGCGGAAACGCAUUCAGGUUCAGGGCCCCACGCGGGCUCGGUACGUCCACAAGAACAUCCCUGAGUAUCCCGGUGCGGUUCGUGCUAUGCGGAUGAUCUUCGCGAGUGAGGGUAUUCGGGGGCUGUACCGAGGUUUGACGGUCAGUCUCAUCAAGGCUGCCCCGGGAAGUGCGGUCACUGUGUGGACCUACGAGAGGGUCUUGAGGGUGCUAAUGAGAUAUGAGAACUCGGAUGAGAAGCGCUUCUGA